CAUAACAUAUGAGUGUGUGUCAGUUACCACGGGGCAGCCACACAGUGAACUGAGUCUAGUGUGGCAGCUAUAUCCUCUUAACUACAUAUCAAUCUACAUAUUUACUUAUUCUGUAAUUAUAUAUUGGACUAAUAUAAACAGAAAACGGGUGAGCGACAACAUGGAAGGAUGGACUAUAGUAAAUAUUCUCCUUGGUCUCUGUCUCCUUAUGUUGAGUGGUUCAUAUGCCAAGGAAAAGCUUGAAACAGGUCCGACUUUUGUAAUUGACUACGAAAACGAUCAAUUCCUGAAAGAUGGAGAGCCCUUCCGCUACGUGUCGGGAUCCAUCCAUUACUUCCGUGUUCUACCGACACAGUGGAGAGAUCGCCUCAAGAAGAUGCGUAUGGCUGGUUUUAACGCCCUGCAGACCUACGUGGAGUGGUCGAGCCAUGAACCCGAGCAAGGGAUGUAUGACUUCACCGGUAUGUUCGACCUCGUCACUUUCAUCAAGACGGCUCAGGAGGAGGGCCUAGCCGUCAUCCUACGUCCCGGACCGUUUAUUGACGCUGAGAGAGACAUGGGAGGUCUGCCGUACUGGUUAUUGAACAAGAACCCAAGCAUGAGACUCCGAAGUUCUGAUCCCACGUAUCUGAUCUACGUUGACAACUGGUUCAAUAACGUGCUGUUGCCCAAGAUUAGGCCGCUACUGUACGCGAACGGUGGACCAAUCAUCAUGGUGCAGGUUGAGAAUGAGUACGGCAGUUUCCCGGCGUGCGACUUCGCCUACACGUCACACAUGAGGGAUAUAAUACGUCAGGGUCUCGGCGACGACGUUGUUCUCUUCACUACUGAUGGAGAUGGUGCGAGUUACCUCAAGUGUGGCAAAAUACCCGGCGUUUACAGUACCGUAGACUUUGGGUCCGGGUCGAGCGUAACCGAUGCGUUCGCGGCAAUGAGACUGUUUGAGCCUCGGGGCCCUCUGGUGAACUCGGAGUAUUAUCCCGGUUGGCUGGACCACUGGGGUGAACCACACAGCACGGUAGAUGCUGAGACUGUUGCUAAGACGCUGGACACUAUGCUGGCCUUGAACGCAUCUGUCAACCUGUACAUGUUUCACGGUGGUACCUCCUUCGGCCUGACCUCUGGUGCUAACAUGGGGGGAAGUUUCCAAGCUUGUCCCACCUCCUAUGAUUACGACGCCCCACUGUCUGAGGCCGGCGACCCGACCCAGAAGUACUGGAUCAUUAGGAACACCACGAAGAAGUAUUUGCCUCUACCGGCUGGGGACGUCCCGCCGGCCUCCCUCAAGUACAGCUAUGGGAAGGUAGAGGUGGCAGCAAAGGGCAGCCUGUUCCAGAUGUCUUCGUUCCUCCAAUCCGUCACUCAGAAAUAUCCACUGACGUUUGAGGGUCUGCUGGUCUCCAAUGGCCUGGUUAUUUACGAGACCGUUCUGCCGUUCAGGAUUUCAGAUCCUGCCCGCCUCACCAUCAACGAGGUACACGACCGUGGCUACGUGUUCGUGGACUACAAGUACGUCGGGAUGGUGUCUCGGGAGCAGGAACUGUACGACCUUGCCCUCUCUGCCACACCUAACCAGACCAUAUCAAUUAUCGUGGAGAGUCAAGGCAGAGUAUGUUUCGGCGGGCAAAUUAACGACUUUAAGGGGUUAACUACAAACGUCACAGUUAAAGGCUACACGUUAGAGAACUGGAAGAUGACGCCGCUGCCAGUGACCAACGUACCUCGCCUCUCAAGCGUCAUGAAACACCUGCGUCGUGAAGUGUCCAAGAGUCACCCGUCGCCGCUAGAGCUGAAGGGAACACCCGACGGGGGUAUGACCUUCUACGAGGGUUCGUUUACCAUCCCGGAUACGGAUGAUCAGCCUCAAGAUAGUUUCCUGAGUGUUGAAGGCUGGAGGAAGGGUCUGGUAUGGGUGAAUGACUUCUGCCUGGGUCGAUACUGGCCAGAGGUCGGACCCCAAUUGACGCUCUACGUUCCCAGCGACGUGUUGAUGAAGGGCAUCAACACGGUCAUGAUCCUCGAGUACGAAGCUUCGCCGUGUCUCGUCUCCGAUACGUGUUUCGUGACGCUCCAGGAAGCCCCGGUUAUUGACGGACCAACGCCUAAGUGAUCGUUACUUUGCUCAUGCCGCUAGACAAUGACUUAAGAAUGUAACUUUUCUCGGACAGUAAAAGCUUUGUUAUUUAACCUGGGGGAUGG